AUGACGUUGCACGGGGGAAGCUCGCCAAGAUCUGAGCGGAAGGAGCGUGUGAAAACUCUACAUUAUUCCCGGUGCCUUACGCAAGAUAGUUUUAAGUUUAACUCGGCAUUAUGUCCACGAUGCCCAGUCCAAAUAUAAAUCAGCGGCUCGCGUUGUUUUCAUUACCGGAAAUCGUCAUAGCUGCGGCUGAAAGAGUCUGCAGCAUCUGCUAGCGUAGCGAGCUAACCGCCGUCGGCGUUCACGGUCAGGAAGCCGGGUGGGAAAAAAAAGGUGGCGCUCUCUGAAGGUGGUUCGUCGGUGUUAAUAAUUUGCGAAGCAGACGAUUGCGCAGUAAAAAUAAGAAGACCGGCGGCAGAUACCUCGAGGUUGUGUCAGUGAAGAAGAAUACAUGUUUUCAGCUAACGUUAAGGGUUAGCGUUAAAUUAAUACUUUAGGCUAACUGCUGCUCGGUAACGACAGGCAGCUCAACUCUACAAAGGUGCUCCGGGACAUGGCCAGUAAUCCCGCGGCUACCUGCCAGGCUAAUGGAGGCAGCAAGCCGGGAGGAGUGCCCGCCGCUCGGCGUUCGUGUGGCCACCGGUCCGAGUCUGAAUCUGAUGCUGGACCGACUUCGAAGAGCUUAGCGCGAUUGUGCAGCAGGGAUGACGGGGAGCGGAGAGCGGCUCUGGAGGAGUUAAGCCAAGGGGUUCUCCAGUGUUUAGACCUGGAGCGGCACGGCUCGGAGCGACUGCGUAAACAAACUCUUCUGCAUCUGCUCCGGCUGUCCAGGUCGUGUCCGCUGCAGGAAGUACGGGAGAGAGCCGUCGAGCUCCUGCGGACCGCACAGGAGCAAGGAGUCCAGGUACCUCGGGCUCUGGCCUCAGGUCCAAGUGCCUUUAUCCCUGCAAAAGAGAUUUUAAAAGGAGGGCCAAACCAGGAUGUCCUGAUUGAGUCUUUUCUUUCGCUGGGGCGUGUGGAUCACAUCUCUAUGGUCAUGGCGAUGCACCCAGCCUACCUCUGCUGCUUCCUAAAGACCCAGCAUGCUUUGUUGGAGAUGGACGGCCCCUUGCCCCGUCACUGGAGACACUACAUUGCUGUCAUGGCUGCAGCUCGGCACCACUGCUCAUACCUGGUGCAGCAGCACAGCGCAGGCUACUUGGAGGCCGGAGGGGAGGAGAGCUGGCUAAGCGGCCUGGAGCACGCUCCCGCCAAACUCCGCAGCCUGCAAACACUCAACAAGCUGCUGGCACACAGACCCUGGCUCAUUACGCAGCAGCACAUCCAGGAACUGGUGUGCCCCGGAGCAGAGCCUCGCUGGUCACUGGCUGAACUGAUACACGCCGUGGUGCUCAUGGCGCACGCUCACUCGUUGUGCUCGUUCGUUUGGGGCUGUGGUUUAAACCCAGAACCUGACCACAUUGGGGGCUACACCUUUCAGCCUCCAUCACUUUCUCACAGUCCUCACAGCCCCGCACACAGCCCCGCUCACGAGGACGGCAGGCACGAGCUGGCUGAUGGAGCCGUGGAGGUGGAGGUGCUGAUGAAGAGGAUGGUGGAGCUGCAGCAGCAGCAGGAGGAGGAGUGCACACAGGAGGAGAUGGUUACUCGCUUUGAAAGGGAGAGGAGCGAAAGCAUACCUACGGGUACAGAUCUGACUGCUUACCCCUGCAUCACUCUCAGUCACCUGUUGACUCACCACUUCCUCUCUGUUGUUGGUUUAGCGGUGGUGAGGGGCGCUCCACCUGACCUGGUGUUGCGUCUUGUGGAGGAACCAGAAUUCAGAUAUGAGGACUUUGCUCCCAGAGGAGAGCAGGCACCACCCACCAUGCGAGCACAGGACUAUUCAUGGGAGGACCAUGGAUUCUCUCUGCUUAACAGGCUCCUGCCAGACAUGGGCCAGCUAUUGGAUGAAAACUUUCAGAUUGUGUGCAACUUGACCUACCACAGGAUGGCCAUGCAUGAAGGCGUGGAUACUCACACUCUAAGAAAAGCUCUGUGGAACUACAUCCACUGUCUUUAUGGAAUACGAUACGAUGAUUACGACUACGGCAGUGUGAACGUGUUGCUGGAACGCUCUCUGAAGGUGUUUGUAAAAACCAUGGCCUGUCACCCCGAGCAGACCACAGCACGCAUUUACCACUCCUUCUGGAGACACUUCAGACACUCUGAAAAGGUUCAUGCCAACCUAAUAGUGAUGGAAGCCCGGCUACAGGCGGCACUUCUCUACAUCUUACGAGCUAUUACACACUACAUGAGAUGACAGCCUCGCUUCACUUGCACACAUUUUUGCAGAUGCUGAGCCAGCUGUGAUUUACACCACAGUCCAAUCCUUGUAUACACACACACACACACACACACACACACACAUACACUACAGUGAAUGUUUGCUCAUUCAUAUCGUAUGUUUCAGUGUUAAUGUUUUGAUGCUGCUUUGCGCCUGGAAUGUCAUGUAUUUAAAUUGCGUUACCAUUUUUUGUCUUUAUUUUGUUCCUUUUCUUCUUUUUUGCACUGAAGUCUAUCAUUAGGUUUUAAUUUCACACUUGAACCUCAAGUGGUGCUGUCUUGCACACAUUCUUGUCACACAGACGCCAGGUGCAGUGGUGCAAUUGGGUCUGGCAUAUCAAAAUCAGUGUGGUGAUUCAGAUUGUUUUCAUUGCUGACUGUUUGCUUGUCAGACAAACGCCAUUGAUCACACCAGUACUACUGAUGACUCAGUCCUCUCUGUCUGUUGCACACUGAGGCUGAGAUGAGACAAACAGCUUGUAUUUCUAUAUACAAUAAAAGUUACUUUGUUAUCAAAAUCAA